UCGUUUUGUAUAGUUUUGCUGUUCCCACCGAGUGCCCCUCAGGUUGGUGCCCAUCGCAACCUCCUCCUUUUCGCCCUUUCUUUCUGUCAAUUCUUCGCUCUCUCGCUCGCUUGGUCGCUCGGUUGCUCGCUUGUUGUGAGUCUGUGUUGGUGUGUUAGUGCACUUGUGGUUGCGAGGGGCCGUGGGAUUUGAGCCACCGAGAGGGCAAAGCUUAUGGCCUUCAGUGAGUUGUAGUCGAUUCCGCCGUGCUGUAACUUCCCGCCCAUGGAGGCUCUUCAAUCCGUGGCCACGGCGGGGGAGUCGCUAGGCUCUCCCCCGCUCCCGCCCGAUACCUCCGCGUGGCCCGAAUUGGUGGAGGAGCAGGUGUUUUUUGUGAAGAAAGUGUUGCCGACCUGGGGUAUGCAGGAGGUUGAAAUGGCGAAUGGGAUAGGGGAUGCGGAGGGGAUGGAGAUGGAGAUGGAUAUGAAGCAGGGCGAGGGGAUGGAGUCGGCAGUGGCGUGCGAGGCGGUGGAGUUCGAAGACCUGUUUGCGAAUCCGAUUGAGCAGGGUUCCAAUCUGGAAUUUAGGGUUUCUAGGGUUUCUGUAGGGGGGAGCGAGGUGAUGGACCUGGGCGGGGUGGUGUGUGAAGGUGGAGAGGGGGAGAUUGGGAUUGGGAAUGAGGUUUCUGAGGUGUAUGCGGUGGAAUGUGGAGAGAAUCUGGUGAAGGAAGAAUUGAGUGAGAUAGAGGUGAAGGUUGAACCGCCUGCGAUCGAUGUCAAGGAGGUGAAAAACGAGAUAGGAUCUUCCGAGGGUGCAAGCGAGGAGAUUAAGUUAGAGGAGGAAAUCGACUCUUCGGUGAUAAUGAACCGUCUGGAAUUGCAGACUAAGUUGGUGAACUCUCACGUUGAAGAACUGAAACGUAUUGCGAUACUUCAGUACCGUCUCACCGGGAUUAAUCCCUUGGCUCAAGAGCUGGCCUCUACAGUUCUUGGAACCGAAGAGGGUUGGAGAACUGGACUUGGACUCUCAUCAGAGACUUUAAGAUACUUGCAUGCCGUUUUUGCUGUCAAAGACACUCUUACGAAAAAAGAGGCCUGUGAUGUCGGUAUCGUUUCCGGUGCUACACUAUCUCAGGUUCGAGAGUUUUUUUCUACACAAAGGUCACGGGUGCGAGCUUUAGUUCAACAAUAUACUGAUGAGGCGGAAGCUCGCUCAGUGGAAAUUGGAGAGGAACGAUCAAAUCAUACUCCUGAUUUUCCUAUUGAAAAUGAUAUUGGUUUUACAAAUUUGACUGAUCUGGAUUCUGUAGAAUUAUUGUUGGUAACUAUGCGACAAGAAAAGCGCUUUUCACAACAAGAACAGCUUCUUCUGAUCAUUUUACGAACAGAACCAGGGCUUAUUCUUAGAAGAUUCUUGGAAAAAGGGGGACUUAAGGUUCUUUGUGCGUGGUUGAUCAAUGCUGCCGCCGGUGAACAGACCAGUGUGCUGCGACAAUUGCUAAAUGUUUUAUCUCAUCUACCCAUGAGCUGUGCUAUCCCACUCCAAGUGUCUGCAUUGUUACAGCCUGUCAACAAACUCCGUUUCUAUUUUGUACAAGAUGUUGCAAAUCAUGCUCGCAUCCUCAUGUCAAAAUGGAGCAAGCUCUUUAUGAAUAAGGUCGAGAAUGGGCUAGCGGACUCUGCAGGGCUGGGAUCCACCGAGAGAGAAAAAGCGGAUGCGCUGCGGAGAGUGAAGAAAAGAGUCAGAGAUGCUGGAGCGACUAUGAAAUCGGUUGAAGGAGGUGCUGGGAAGAACAAUGCAGCGGAGUUGGUGAAGAGUCAGUUGGAUCUGGCACAAGUUUCAGUAAAAGCACAUUCAUCAGGGGAAGGGAAGUUCUCAUCUGGACUGACUCAUGGUGCCGCAAGGUCAGCAGGCGGAAAGAUUUUGAAUUCAAAGCUUAAUAUGAAGCCAAAGAAUGUGGUUAAAGAAGUACUGAAUUACAAUACCUCAAUGAUGAAAGCAUUAUCAGGAAUGCAAAGCAAUAUUAAGAAAAGUGUGCCACGCAAGGAAACCCUGCAGCCCCAAAAUGCAAUGAAACCAUGCGUUUCGAACACCUCAGUUGCGGAUGAGAUUGCUGUAAAUCAAGCUCCUGGUGGCGAAGCACAGAUUCCUAUAUCUGGUUCUUCUUCCAGCUCCCAGUCCAACUCCUCGCAGGUCACGAAGGCCAGAGUAACAUCCAUGACUGAUGAAGACCCCAAGACCGCUGCCAAAGCGGCAAUUGUGACAAGCAAUGUAAGAGGCUUCAGUAACAUCCCAGUCUCUGAAACUGCGAACAUUGCAACACCAGUGUCGAGGAGACGUCCUCUAGCUGAUCAGCAAAAAGAGAGGCGAAAGGUUCUACCUGUAGAUGAUUCUGGAAAUGGAAAUCGUUGGAGGGAGUCUACUACAAGACGUCCUGUUAUAGAAGUAGGCAAAACUUCUCGCCCUCUUUCUGCCGAUGAGAUUCGUAAAGCCAAAUUGCGUGCCCGUAUAAUGCAACAACCAUCAUCUGGUUUUAGUGGGAACAAGCAGCUAAACGCUCCAGAUCAAAUUGGCAGUCGAGGCAAACCCAAACCUGUCGGUGAUGGCUGGUCGCUAGACAGAUACGCCAGUAUGCAAGUUAUGGAUGGAAGUGGUAAAUCUUCACAGAUUUGUAGUGGAGUGUCGCUGGUGCGACCAACGUCAUUUAAUGCUGACACUGCCUCUGCUCCCAGACUUAUUCUGGAUGAUAAGACCUUCGAUGAGCUUUUGACUGAACAAGCUCGUGAAAAUGAUGCUCGUAAGCUUGAACAUACCAGCUGUACACAGAAAAAACGAAACCAUGUGGACAGUCUUGAGGAAGGAAUUGAAGUUACUGGUAAUUAUCAGGAGAUCAAUCUUCCAGAGGGCGGCUCUGACCCGUGUGUGUGCACAUAUUCUGAGAUGGCUAACAAGGUUGACUCAGGAGAUCAACCUACGUCUAUUACCGUGGAUAGAGAACCUCGGUCUCCUUCAAUCGUUGAUGCUCUACGUGGAGAUUCAGUGGACCUAGUAUCUGAUGUAGUCGAAGAUUUUGAUGUCAGAAGUGAUUCGGUCAAGACAUCACCAGAGGAUCUCACUACAGAUGUUGCAGCAGAGGGUUUGUUGGAGGCUACUCCAAUGGAAACUAAUCUUCGUCCAGCUUCAGCUUCUGAAGUUGUGAAUGCCAAAAGCGUUGAACCACGUGUCCUUCCUUGGGUUGUCCCACCAGUUUUGAACUUGAAUCCCACAUGGGGCGUUGUGGCUGGAGAUACUAGUAAAGAGCAAGGGGUCCAGGCUGCGCGUGUGAAACGAGAAGAAGAAGUGGUCUAUUCCGAUUUGCUUUUUGUACCUGACAAUCCUAGAGAUCUUUGGGAUGAAGAACCAGUUUAUGACGACACUUUGACACCAGAAAUACCAGUCGAGGUUUCGGAGAUCUCCUCGAGUAAACCAAGUUCUCCGAAUAAUGCUGUUGCUGUUAAAGAUGCAGGCUCUAAUCCCUUGACAGAUGGCACUGCAUCUGCUGGUGAAAUUUCUGGUGGUCCGUCCAUAGCAAAUACAAAUACGUUCGCUGCAGCACAGCAGCUCGGGGAUGCAGCUUCCGGUCAUGAUCCCAAUUUACUUGCGCUGCUUCUAAGCAACCCAGCCCUGGUUUCACAGCUAGCCUUACAGCAGAAAGAAGGGGGCAGUUUGGCUGGUCUCAGUGCCUUACUGGGGCUGGGAAAAAUGGAAGACCUAGCUCGCUCGGCAGAUCCUACUCAUGCGGGUGGAGUUUUGAGUCACCCAACGAAUAUCAGCAAUUUAUUAGGUGUGCCUCAGCUUCAAGACCAGGUUCCUGCAAUGACCGAUUUUAAAGGUUGCCAGCCGCUGUCAACGUCUGGUGUUGUUUCUUUUCCCGAGACCAACUCAGAGCCUGUGAGAACCGCAGAGGAUAAGCUUGGAGCAGUGGUUACAGUCCCCAAUUGGGAAGUGCCUUCCUGGGCCCAGCCCUCUCCACCUCCUGCGCCUAUGAUUGGAUUGAUUCCACAUUCUCAAGGAAGCAGCAACGUGCCUCUGCCUCAUAUCGGUAGUGUGCCGCAGGAUUUCUCAUCUCUGGGACCUCCGUCAGCAUCGACAGCUUAUAAUGGUAGCUUUCAAAAGUUGCCAAAUGUUCCUUAUACAUGGGCCCCGUCAAACACUCAAGUUAUGCACACUACUGCUAAUCAGUUUGAUUCUUCUGUAGGGAGAGGGAGAGUGCCAGUUCUGAGUCAUAUUGUGAAUGGAGCCUCUGGGAUGCCUAAUGUUGUUAAUGACGCAACCGUGUCAUCCGGUGUGCAACCUCCUGUCUUCGGCCAGGUUGCACAAUUUAACUCCGUGGGCUGGCCUCCUCAUGGAAGCCGUCCUUCCACCGUUGUCCAUCGUAAUGUGUCAUCCCAUCCCGUAAACUCAUCCAUUCGAGGAAAUGUAAGUAGCUGGACUCCUCAUUCAAGUACCACUCACGGCUACCCUGAUGUACACCGGCGACUACCGGAGCCUCCUCCUCUGUGGGGCAGGAAUCCAAUGCCUGCCACUCAAUCCGUCCCCGCUCCUCCUCCACCUUAUUCCUCUCACCCCAGUAGUAAUCAGUACUGGCAACAGCAAGACCCAUCCUUUAGACCCCCUCCUUCCUCGCACCCUGCUCACUACACUAGACCGCACCAUCCGCCUGCUUGGCACCAAAAUGGUUCCAAUUAUGGUCCCAACCGGUGAAAGAUCUAUUAUUUUUGGUAGUGUGCCCACUCUUCCUGUAUCUUUGUGAAGCCUCCCAUCACGUUUUGUAGAGCACGUAGACCUUUUUUCCCACCUAUUAGCAAAUUCUCUCUCUCUCUCUCCCACUCUCUCGUGAGUGCUAAUGAGGCUCUGAUUGAAGGCAAGGAUAGUGUUUUCUUCUUUUUUACCAUUUUAAGGACCAGAGUAUUCUCGCCCCCUUUUGUACAUUGAGCACAUUUAGAUUUUAACUAAGACCCGGACGGACCAAAUUGCCCAAUUC